UUAGCCGGUGCGGACCGCAGGCGGUCGCUGUCAGAGCCUUGCAUCACCUCUGGACCUCUGGAAAUCCUGCAGUGGCGUCCACGCGGCUUCUUCCGAGGCGUGCAGGUUCGGGAGCUCCCCAGAUUUACUUUCUAUGAUGGACCUCCUUUUGCAACUGGACUGCCUCACUAUGGACAUAUACUUGCAGGGACAAUUAAAGAUAUAGUUACGAGAUACGCUCACCAGAGUGGGUUUCACGUCGACAGAAGAUUUGGAUGGGAUUGUCAUGGCUUACCAGUGGAAUAUGAAAUUGAUAAGACACUAGGAAUCAGAGGACCAGAGGAUGUAACCAAAAUGGGGAUUGUGGAGUAUAACAAUCAAUGCCGAGCAAUCGUGAUGAGAUAUUCUACUGAGUGGAAGUCUACUAUUACCAGACUUGGCCGAUGGAUUGACUUCGACAAUGACUACAAAACUCUGUAUCCUCAAUUCAUGGAAUCUGUCUGGUGGGUCUUCAAACAACUUUAUGAUAAAGGCCUUAUUUAUAGAGGUAUGAAAGUCAUGCCCUUCUCCACUGCCUGUAACACUCCACUUUCCAACUUUGAAUCUCACCAGAAUUACAAGGAUGUUCAAGAUCCUUCAAUAUUUGUAACUUUCCCUUUGGAAGAAGAUGAAAAUAUAUCUUUAGUUGCUUGGACAACUACUCCCUGGACUUUGCCUAGUAACCUUGCCCUGUGUGUUAAUCCAGAUAUGCAGUAUGUGAAGAUUAAAGACAUUAUCAGAGGAAAAUUACUGAUUUUAAUGGAAGCCCGAUUACCAGCCCUCUAUAAAUUGGAGAGUGACUAUGAGAUCCUUGAAAGAUUUCCUGGUGCCUGUCUCAAAGGCAAGAAAUACAGGCCCCUGUUUGACUAUUUUGUGAAGUGCAAAGAGAAUGGUGCUUUUACUGUGCUUGUUGACAACUAUGUGAGAGAGGAAGAAGGCACUGGGGUUGUACACCAAGCUCCUUACUUUGGUGCUGAUGAUUAUCGGGUCUGUAUGGAUUACAACAUCAUUCAGAAAGACUCUGUCUCUGUUUGCCCUGUGGAUGCUUCAGGCCGUUUUACAGCAGAAGUGACAGAUUUCAUGGGACAGUAUGUGAAGGAUGCUGACAAAAAUAUCAUCAGGACCCUAAAGGAACAAGGCCGACUUCUCAUUGCCAGCACCGUCACUCACAGCUACCCUUUCUGCUGGAGGUCAGACACUCCCCUCAUUUACAAAGCAGUGCCUAGCUGGUUUCUGCGGGUGGAGCACAUGGUGGACCAGCUGCUGAGGAACAAUGAUCUCUGUUACUGGAUCCCAGAGUUUGUGCGGGAAAAGCGAUUUGGAAAUUGGCUAAAAGAUGCACGUGACUGGGCAAUUUCCAGAAACAGAUACUGGGGCACUCCUAUCCCUCUGUGGGUCAGCGAGGACUUUGAGGAAGUAGUAUGCAUUGGUUCAGUGGCAGAACUUGAAGAACUGUCAGGAGCAAAGAUCUCAGAUCUCCAUAGAGAGAGCAUUGACCAUCUGACCAUUCCUUCACGCUGUGGGAAGGGAUCAUUGCGUCGCAUCUCCGAAGUGUUUGACUGUUGGUUCGAGAGUGGCAGCAUGCCCUAUGCUCAAGUUCAUUAUCCAUUUGAAAACAAGAGGGAGUUUGAGGAUGCAUUUCCUGCAGACUUCAUUGCCGAAGGCAUUGACCAAACCAGAGGGUGGUUUUACACCCUGCUGGUGUUGGGCACAGCUCUCUUUGGACAGCCGUCUUUCAGGAACGUAAUUGUGAAUGGGCUCGUCCUUGCAAGUGAUGGCCAAAAAAUGAGUAAAAGAAAAAAGAAUUAUCCAGAUCCACUUUCAAUCAUCCAUAAAUAUGGCGCUGAUGCCCUCAGAUUAUAUCUAAUUAACUCCCCUGUGGUGAGAGCAGAAAACCUUCGUUUUAAGGAGGAGGGUGUGCGUGAUGUCCUUAAAGACGUGCUACUCCCUUGGUACAACGCCUAUCGCUUCUUCAUCCAGAAUGUCCUAAGACUGCAGAAGGAGGAAGAAAUGGAAUUCCUCUACAAUGAAAACACAGUUAAAGAAAGUACCAACAUCACAGACCGCUGGGUCCUGUCCUUCAUGCAGUCGCUUGUUGGGUUCUUUGAGACCGAAAUGGCAGCUUAUAGGCUCUACACUGUGGUUCCUCGCCUGGUCAAGUUUGUGGAUCUUCUGACCAAUUGGUAUGUCAGAAUGAACCGCAGAAGAUUAAAGGGUGAAAACGGGAUAGAAGAUUGUGUUAUGGCCCUGGAGACCUUGUUUAGUGUUCUAUUUUCUCUGUGCAGACUUAUGGCCCCCUAUACACCUUUUCUUACUGAAUUGAUGUACCAGAAUAUGAAGAUGCUGAUCGACCCUGUUUCUGUCCAGGAGAAGGACACACUCAGUAUCCACUACCUCAUGCUGCCCCAUGUUCGAGAGGAAUUGAUUGACAAGAAAACUGAGAAUGCAGUAUCUAGAAUGCAGUCUGUGAUUGAACUUGGGCGAGUGAUUCGAGACCGCAAAACUAUUCCAAUAAAGUAUCCUUUGAAAGAAAUUGUGGUUAUCCAUCAAGAUCCGGAAGCUCUUAAUGACAUCAGGUCUUUGGAGAAGUAUAUAAUUGAGGAAUUGAAUGUUCGAAAAGUUACGCUGUCUACAGACAAAAACAAGUAUGGUAUUCGCCUAAGGGCAGAACCAGAUCACAUGGUCCUGGGGAAGCGUCUGAAGGGAGCCUUCAAGGCAGUGAUGACAUCCAUCAAGCAGCUGAGCAGUGAGGAGCUGGAGCAGUUUCAGAAGAGUGGGACCAUUGUUGUGGGAGGCCAUGAAUUGCAUGAAGAAGACAUUCGCCUCAUGUACACCUUUGACCAGGCAACAGGUGGGACGGCACAAUUUGAAGCACACUCGGAUGCUCAGGCUUUGGUUCUCUUAGACAUCACCCCUGACCAGUCAAUGGUGGAUGAAGGAAUGGCUCGGGAAGUCAUCAAUCGUAUCCAGAAACUUCGCAAAAAGUGCAAUCUCAUUCCAACUGAUGAAAUAACAGUUUAUUACACAGCAAGGUCUGAAGGAAAGUAUCUGAAUACCAUUAUUGAAAGCCACAGGGAGUUCAUAUUUGCCACCAUAAAGGCUCCCUUGAAACCAUAUCCAGUUCCUACAUCAGAUAAAGUCCUUAUUCAAGAAAAAACGCAGUUAAAGGGGUCUGACCUGGAAAUUACACUCACCAGAGGAUCAUCCAAGCCUGGCCCUGCUUGUGCAUAUGUCAAUAUUAACAUCUGUACAGAUGGCAUUGAGCAAGGUGGAGUAUUACUUCUAGAAAAUCCAAAAGGUGAUAAUAGGUUGGACCUUUUAAAGCUAAAGAGUGUUGUUACUAGCAUUUUUGGUGUGAAAAAUACAGAACUGGCUGUUUUCCACGGUGAAACAGAAAUACAAAACCAAACCGACUUACUGAGUCUUAGUGGAAAAACACUUUUUGUGACUACAGGAUCAGCUCCCUCUCUGGUUGACAGUCCUAGCACUCUUCUCUGUCAGUAUAUCAAUCUACAGCUCCUAAAUGCAAACCCACAAGAGUGUUUAAUGGGAACAGUGGGCACUCUCCUCCUUGAAAACCCACUUGGGCAGAACGGACUUACCCACCAACGUCUUCUGUCUGAAGCAGCCAAGGUGUUUGGCCUUCGUAGCAGGAAGCUAAAGCUAUUUCUGAAUGAGACUCAAAUGGAUGAAAUUACGGAAGAAAUCCCUAUGAAGACUUUGAACAUGAAGACUGUGUAUGUUUCUGUAUUACCCACAACAGCUGACUUCUAACAUUCAGCUAUCAAUGUGGUUCAGUCAGCCUUUUCCUGGAAUGUACCUGUUCACACACACACACUGAAGAAAUUUCCUUCAGAUUCAUCUAUAAUAUGCCACUUGUCGUCUCAAUAUGAAAUGGGAUGAUUCAUCAAAUGGUUUGAGACCUCACAGUAAUAUUCACACUUAACCUUAAACACCUAUGUAGUUAUGUUCGGGGAAGGUUACAGUGUUACCUCAGCACAACAGAGUUUAUUUCUAUACUUGAAUUCUUAAGUAUAGAAGGUAGAAGUGAUUUAAAUGACAUAGUAUGUGUGUAUCAUUCUGUGGUCUUUUAAAACUUAUUUGAGACCUCUCGAAGGAAUGGACAAUGUUAUAUGUUUCUGCUACCUGGAUUUUCUUGAGUAAUUUGAUGCAACAUUUUGUUUCAGUAAGUCAAGACAAUAAACAUGCUUCUCUCAGUUAA